UCUUGAAGUUCUUACAAAAUCUUAAUCUAUACAAUAGAAUUACAUAAAGAAUAUUGAUCUAUAAUUUAUGUUUCAGAACUUGGAAGCCCUUGGCUCUGUUCCUAGAGAGUGAGCGUGUUGAAACCAACAACAGUACUGCGAAAGGCAUCUUGCAACGCAUUUCCUCAUACAAGUUCCUCCUUGUCCUUCACCUUCUGGUGGACAUCAUCCCCACAAUGACCAGGCUAAGCCUCCAGUUUCAGAAGGAUGACAUAGAUCUUGCUGCACUAAGGCCAUCCAUUGAUGCUGUUAUACAGCGACUGCAGUAUUUGAAGGAAGACAAUGGUCCUGCACUGGUCCAGUUUGAAAGUCAGUGUCCUAGGGGAAGCCGCGAGUUUGAUGGUGUCCCAAUAUCAUCAGAGGCUGGCAUUGAGAAGCAAUUCUCAAAUAUUAGAGCUGCUUUCCUUCAAAAUCUCAUGAGCGAGCUUGAGUGCAGAUUCCCAGCUGUGGCUACUGAUGUUGUGACAUGCAUGUCAGUACUGUCACUAAGGGGACUGUCUUUCUUGUCAGAAGAUGCUAGAAAACACUGGGGAACGGAGCAGCUUCAAAAUAUCAUUGACUUCUACAGUCUUGGUGAUAAGGCCUUUGUAGAUGCUGAGGAGACCUUGAGAGAAUGGUCAAUGUGCAAGGAUAUGGUGCAUCAGCAACAUUAUCCAUGUACUAGCAUCUGUCAGUUAUGGCAGAUACUGACUUCAAGACACCCUGACACAUUCCCUAACCUGUGCAAAAUUGCACAAGUGGCUGUCCUUUUGCCCCUCCAAACAGCAACUGUUGAGAGGGGCUUCAGUGUACAAAACCUGAUAAAGAGGUCCCACAGAAACCGUCUGUCAUCACAGCGGCUGGACACUCUGAUGCAGCUGGCUCUGGGGCCUCCUGUAAGGGAAGUAUCUCUUGCACCAGCCGUCACGAAAUGGAGAAGGGACAAAAAGAGAAAGUUGUUCUGCUGAUGGUUUUACGGCGGUGACCUGUUGGAAAUACCAGGACUACAGUUACUGUUAACAGUUGUAUUUAGUUGUUAAUAACUCAUUCUUUGUUGAGUCAUGAGUGCAGGAUGUGCCUUGAUGUAUAAGCCCUUCUGUCACUUGGCCUGUUUGUUCAUGUUUUGCAGGUGCGAAAAGAGUUCUGAAUUUUCACAACCAUUGGGUUCUGUUGUUUGUUGUAUAAUAAUGGACCCCUCCAUUUUUUCUGGGACCCCUAAUUUUAUGAUGAAGGGGUCCAAGUGACCCCAAGAAAAUUUAAGCCAGAGCAG